CUCCAAUCCAAAACAGCAGCAGAAGCACCACCCGUGACGCGUGCGUUUAUAUAUACAUAUAUAUUAUAUAUAAUAAUAAUAAAUAGGUAAUCAUCGCAAACAUGGAGGAUACUAGCAUAUGUUGAUCGUAAGCGUCGUCAUCAGAGAGUUAUCAGCGAAGUCAUUCUUAUCGGGACUGUUGUUAUGCCUUUAAUGCGUUCCAUCAUAAUCCCGUGAACCAAACAGAAGUUUGCACGUCGAACUGCCGUUGCAUGACCUCGGACCGAGCCGCAUAAACUUUCGUCCUUCGCAUUUAAGGAUAAUAACUAUAUAUUACAGAAGUUGCCAUGGAUUCGGCCGCGGCUCAGCGUCGUCUUAAUGCUAUUCAUGGCCAUCUCCUCGCUGACGGCGACUCUCAUUCUCAGCUCCGUCCCCAUCCCACCGCCGGGGAGUUCGCUCUCGAGCAAGGGUACAGUGUUGUGCUUCCAGAGAAAUUGCAGUUAGGGAAGUGGAAUGUAUACAGAUCGACACGUUCUCCUUUGAAGCUUGUGAGUAGAUUCCAAGAUCAUCCAGAAAUUGGUACACUUCAUGAUAAUUUUGUGCAUUCGGUUGACACUUUUCGAGAUUACAAGUAUCUGGGAACACGAAUUCGGGUUGAUGGCACAGUUGGAGAGUACAAAUGGAUGACAUAUGGAGAAGCAGGUACUGCUCGAUCAGCUAUAGGUUCUGGCCUAAUUUAUCAUGGGAUAUCAAAGGGAUCUUGCAUUGGGUUAUACUUCAUCAACAGACCCGAGUGGCUCAUUGUUGACCACGCUUGCUCUGCUUAUUCUUACAUAUCAGUUCCUUUAUACGACACUCUUGGUCCAGAUGCUGUCAAGUAUAUUGUAAAUCAUGCUGCCGUACAAGUUAUAUUUUGUGUGCCUCAAACCUUGAAUUCUUUAUUGAGCUUCUUGUUUGAUAUUCCAACAAUUCGCCUAAUUGUGGUCAUUGGAGGAAUAGAUGAUCAAAUUCCAAAGCUUCCAUCAUCAACAGGAGUUGAGGUUGUGACAUAUUCAAAAUUGCUUAGUCAGGGCCACAGUAACCUUCAGCCUUUUUGCCCUCCAAAACCUGAUGACAUUGCUACCAUUUGCUACACAAGUGGUACUACUGGGACCCCAAAGGGAGCUGUUUUGACACAUGGAAACUUGAUUGCAAAUGUUGCUGGAACCUCCCUUUCUAACAAAUUCUACCCCUCAGAUGUUUACAUAUCAUACCUUCCUUUGGCACACAUAUAUGAACGAGCUAACCAGGUCUCGAUGGCAUAUCAUGGAGUUGCUGUUGGAUUUUACCAGGGGGAUAAUAUGAAACUAAUGGAUGAUAUGGCUGCUCUAAGACCUACUAUCUUCUGCAGUGUUCCUAGACUUUAUAAUAGAAUAUAUGCUGGUAUUAUAAAUGCUGUAAAGACAUCCGGUGUGCUGCGGGAGAGGUUGUUUAAUGCUGCAUACAAUGCUAAGAAGCAAGCAAUAUUGAGCGGAAAGAACCCAUCCCCCAUCUGGGACAAAUUGGUAUUCAAUAAGAUAAGGGGAAAGCUUGGAGGACGAGUUCGUUUCAUGGCAUCAGGUGCCUCACCGUUGUCUCCCGAUGUCAUGGACUUUCUAAAGAUCUGCUUUGGUGGCCAAGUAACUGAAGGAUAUGGUAUGACUGAAACUUCUUGUGUUAUAAGUGGUAUUGAAGAGGGUGACAAUCUAUCUGGCCAUGUCGGUGCCCCUAAUCCAGCUUGUGAAAUAAAGCUUGUAGAUGUUCCACAAAUGAACUAUACAUCUGAUGAUAAGCCACAUCCUCGUGGAGAAAUCUGUGUUCGGGGUCCCAUUAUUUUCAAAUGUUAUUACAAAGAUGAAGUACAGACGAAAGAAGUGAUUGAUGAAGAUGGAUGGCUUCAUACCGGAGACAUAGGGUUGUGGCUACCUGGGGGUCGUUUAAAAAUCAUUGAUAGGAAGAAAAACAUUUUCAAGCUGGCACAGGGAGAGUACAUAGCUCCAGAAAAAAUUGAGAAUGUAUAUGCAAAGUGCAAGUUUAUUUCCCAGUGCUUUGUAUAUGGUGACAGCCUGAAUUCCUCUUUGGUAGCUGUUAUCUCGGUGGACCAAGAUGUUUUAAAAGCAUGGGCUGCUUCUGAAGGCGUUAAGUAUCAAGAUCUAGGGAAGCUGUGUAAUGAUCCAAGAGCAAGGGCUGCCGUCUUGGCUGACAUGGAUGCUGUUGGGAGGGAAGCUCAGCUGAGAGGUUUUGAAUUUGCAAAAGCUGUGACCUUGGUGCUUGAGCCGUUUACACUGGAGAAUGACCUGCUUACUCCAACAUUUAAGAUCAAGAGACCUCAAGCAAAGGAAUACUUUGGAAAAGCAAUAUCUGAAAUGUAUGCCGAGCUCUCAACCUCGGACCCCUCCCAGAAAUCACUGUGAAAUAGAGAGCUUGUGAGAAGCAGAGCAAGUAUGCCCCCCACAGAGCUUCUUGGAGCUUUCAUCAUCUAGUGCUAACCAUCCUGCAUCAUAAAUUUUUCUCAAAAUAAAAUUGAAAUUAAUUUAUUAUGGUGUUCCUCAGAUCAGAGGAUUGUACAUUUUUGCCCCACAAUAAGAAGCAAUCAUUUUGAAA